CGCACACACAACAAAGCAGCAGCGCAGAAGAGGAGAUGGAUCGAUUGUUAGAUGCGGUGGAGGCCUCAUGCAGGCAGGAGGUGGAAGCCUUCCACAAGUGCGCAGAGGUGCAUGGCAACGACGGCUGCCCUGAACAGAAAGCGGCGCUGCAAAAGUGCAGCGAUCAGAGCGUGGAGUACAUUCGGUCUAUUCAGCGGGUAUGCAAGCACUCCCUGGCGUCAUUUCAGAAGUGCGUAUCAGAACAUCCAGAGGAUGCGCAUAUUCGAUGCGACGAGAAGGUCAACGUGUUUUUGACCUGCGCAGAGAGCGUCAUGAGCUACUUUGAGAAGCAAAAGGCGGCAGCACGAUCGUCGUCAGGCCAGGACACCACCACCAGUUGACAAACAACUUGACAUGGUUUCUUGUUCAUAAGCAAAGUGUAGGCUCCUCUAAUACAAACAGCGACACAAGCAAAC